AGGAGGCAGAGCAGAAGACGGGAUAAAAGGAAGAUGAGACUAACCGGCUCCCCGCCCCAUCACCAGCCUCCAGCGCCGGGCGGCAGGAGAAGAGGCGGGGGAGCCGCGCCGGGAUGAGCGAGCUGUACAGCAAGGCGGAGACCCUGGAGCUGAGGCGAAAGCACAUCGGACCUUCAUGCAAAGUUUUCUUUGCAAAAGACCCUAUCAAGAUAGUGCGUGCUCAGGGGCAGUAUAUGUAUGAUGAGAAUGGAGAAAAAUACCUGGAUUGUAUCAACAACGUCGCACAUGUUGGCCACAGCCAUCCAGAUGUGAUAAAGGCUGCAGUGAAACAAAUGGAACUGCUCAACACCAAUUCCCGAUUCCUGCACGACAACCUUGUCCAGUAUGCUAAGCGCCUCACAACUACCCUGCCAGAGAAACUCUCCGUUUGCUAUUUUGUUAACUCUGGAUCUGAAGCCAAUGACCUCGCCUUACGACUGGCUCGGCAGUAUCACGGACACCAAGAUGUGAUCACCCUUGACCAUGCUUACCAUGGUCAUGUUUCUUCUCUGAUUGACAUUAGUCCAUAUAAAUUUAAUCAGCUGGGGAAGGAGGGCAAAAAAGAGUUUGUGCAUGUGGCUCAUUCUCCAGAUAUCUACAGAGGAAAAUACAGGGAAGAUCAUCCAGAUCCAGCAAGUGCUUAUGCAGAUGAUGUGAAAAAGAUUAUUGAAGAAGCUGAGAAGAGUGGGCGCAAGAUUGCGGCCUUUAUUGCUGAAUCCAUGCAGAGUUGCGGAGGCCAAAUAAUUCCACCUGCAGGCUACUUCCAGAAAGUGGCAGAAUAUGUGCAUAACGCAGGUGGCGUAUUCAUAGCUGAUGAAGUCCAGGUUGGUUUUGGUCGAGUUGGGAAACAUUUUUGGGGGUUCCAGUUGCAAGGCAAAGACUUCAUACCUGACAUUGUCACCAUGGGAAAGCCAAUUGGCAAUGGCCAUCCAAUAUCUUGUGUGGUUACAACAAGAGAGAUUGCUGAAGCCUUCGGUGCCUCUGGAUUGGAGUAUUUCAACACGUUUGGAGGCAAUCCAGUGUCCUGUGCUAUUGGCCUGGCUGUGCUUGAUGUAAUUGAAAAAGAUGAUCUCCAAGGAAAUGCCAUACGAGUAGGGAAUUAUCUAACAGAGCUGCUGAACAAACAAAAGGAAAAACAUCCUUUAAUAGGAGAUGUAAGGGGUAUUGGCUUGUUUGUUGGAGUAGAUCUGGUGAAGGAUCAACUGACAAGAACACCUGCCACAGCUGAAGCCCAGCAUAUUAUCUAUAAACUGAAAGAACAGCGGAUCCUCCUGAGUGCGGAUGGACCCCAUAGAAACAUUCUGAAAUUUAAACCACCCAUGUGCUUCACUAUGGAAGAUGCAAAGCUUGUAGUGGACCAGAUUGAUGAACUUCUCACAGCUUUGGAAGAAGCAACUGGAGCCAGGACAGGAAAUGGAAGAUCUACAACUGCACAACAUAAAAGAAAAAUGACUAAUGAAGGGAAUUCCCAGUCAGACUGUAUUAGUGAAAGCAUCAACCAUAUCAACAGUACUGCCUGCAGACAAAAAAAUGGCUUGUACACUGAUAACCGUACAGUGCCUUGUAAAAGGAUCAGAACAUGAAAGGAGAUGAUUUCUUUAGAUCAGUGUAUUUAAAAAAAACAAAAAAAGGAUGAGUGGAUGUGUGCAAGUAUCAUACUGAUUAUUCAGGGUCCAAUCCUGCCUUCAUACAUGAGCAAGACUCCAUGUAGCUUUAUUGGUAGUUUAAAAUACAUUUUCACCCAUAUAAGGACUGCAGGGUCAGCCCUUGAACUUAACCAGAUAGGGGUGUGCUAAAUAAAGUUCUGAUUUUUAACCCUCUUGGGUCAUGAUAUUUAGGCCUGGUAUAAGUGGAUGCAUCUCCCCUGAAAUUCAUGGAGUUGCUUCUGCUUAUGUAAGGUCAGAAUUUGGCCCAUUGUGCUUAAUAACCAUGGAACCACAGCACCAAUCCUAUUAAAUCCUUGUUUGUGAUGCAUUACACCUUUUAAUGUAUUUGAAAUUUCAGUAUGCAGUAUUGAGAUGUUAAUUACUUUCCAUGUUUUAAUGGCUCAGUUUACAACACAAAGCUUUCCAUGCACAACAAAUGCAGGAAGAUUUUAAAAAUCAAUUACGUUAACCUCAGGCUAGCAUGAAAAUGAGAUUUCCAGGGGUAACCCCAAUUUUAAUUCUUAUGAUUUUAGACAUUUUUAAUUGCUGUACUAGCUUCAUACAAAAUCAGGUCUGAUCCUUUGAAGUGCUGAAUGCCAUCAAUUCCCAUGAAAGAUAGUCAACAAACCUUGAGGGUGCUCUGCACCUGGCAGGAUUGGGACCUCAAACAUAUAACAUUUGUUACUUUACUAAAAGGGUAGGUCCACAGAAUAGAGCGUGAGACACAGAACAAACUAACACAAGGAUCAGAGAGUAUUCUUACUCCAGCUUCCCAGAUGGGUUUGGGUGGGAGCAGAAUCCAGAGGAGCUUAGAUUUUCCCCUCACUCACCCCAGCUUAAGCACUUUGGACUUGUUUUUCUUCCUCUAACAGUAACAUGGACCUUGCGUUGCAUGGUGUGAGUGUUAAAGUUGGAUCAGGGCUUUCAAGUGCCACAAUUUUAAUGUAUGCACAAGUAGGCUUUAUGGAACUAAUUGAGGGCUUUUAAAAAUGAGAUUUACUUUAACAAAGACAAUAUGGCUUUAUAAUUUUUAUUUACUAAAUCUUGCUGCUUUACACUUGUUGUAAAUGACUUUUCAUUAAUUGCAUAUGAUGAUUGAAAACUAAGAGGUUCUGCUAUUUCUAGUCAGUCUUAUCUAGUUUUAUACCUUCAAUCAUUACGUUAUAUUGGUAUUUUCUGUAUGAACUCUUCUGGUAGCAUCAAGCCAGCUCAUUAACUGUUCAGCGAUCCUUGGUUAUUUCAAAAAUUAAAGUUAUUUGUAAACA